CUUGACCUCAUCAGCUGCGAAACGCAACGUGGACUACGACUUUCAGAUUUGCCCCGGGAGUUGACAUCACGCUCGGCUUCAACUGGCAACCGCUCGCCAUAUAAUCGCCAACGAUAGCAAUGGCAUCGCUUCCGCCAUCGCACCGGCGGCCAUCACCCUCGCAACGACCAGCUAGUCCCGAAGCCUCGUCGUCACAAUCGCUGAAUCGAGCCGAUAGUGAAGCACAUUCGACCAUUUCCGAAGAUUCACAAACUAUACUGUUGAACCCGUCCUCAUCAUCAGGCAAGCGCAAGGAGACCGAGGAGCAGACGGGGAAACAGACAUCGCAAACAAAUCCGCAAGACGUGCAGGAACCUAGAAAAUGCUGGAUAUGCUUCUCGGACGAGACUGAGGACACCCCUACUACUUCCGAAUGGCGAAGUCCAUGUCCAUGUGCACUGGAAGCACAUGAGCAAUGUUUGUUGGACUGGAUAGCCGACAUGGAGUCGCCCAGCUCAAGGAGGCAGCGAAAUCCUGGUGAUAAGAUUUUGUGUCCGCAAUGCAAGUCAGAGAUACAACUGGCGCGGCCCAAGAGUUACGUAGUCGAUGCGGUCAAGAGCAUUGAGAUUAUGGGCAGCAAGUUGGUGCUUCCUGGCGUAUUCACUGUGGGCGUGUCAUCAUUUUGGUAUCUAUGCUGGGCUCAUGGAGCAUCCUCUGUAAUGCUGAUCUUUGGCCAAGAAGACGGCGAGAGGAUAUUAGCGCCGCUCUUGCGACAGCCGCCGGACCCAGAAAUGGGCAUGCAAAGGCUUCUCGACCAUUGGAGACAGAGACUCCGAUUAGAUAUCGGUUUGUUCUGUAUUCCAAGCAUGCUCAUCUUCUCGAGAACCAACCUCGCUGAUGGCAUAUUACCCAUUCUCCCCAUCCUCUUCUUUGUCACAAAGCCUGAUACAGACCCCUUUGCAGAUGUUGGCCACUGGCCACCUUCUGCAGGCUUGUCCUUCGCGUUGCUCCCCUACCUCCGCAGUCUUUACAAUGCGUACUAUGAGCGCGUGUGGGGCAAGCACGUCAAGCGCUGGCUGAAGGAAAUUCAACCUCGUGCCAGUCUCGAUUCCCAAAACGACAAUGCGAACAAUGAGGACAACGCUGGCAGGCUAGAUGAUGAUGAGAAUAUCCUGGAGAUCAACGUUGACCUCGGCGUGUUGGAAGACUGGGAUGAAGAUGAGGACGUUCCACAGCCAGAACAGCCAGACCCUCAGGGCGAAGCAAAUAUGCACAUGCCAGGUGGGCUUCCUGAAGAACAACCAGGUGUUCCAGCCGCGGCUCCUGCGCCAAAUGUUCCUCGUAACCGAGCCCACCGCCGCCGAAAUGGUGCAGCCCCCGUCGGAGACGCGAAUCCUCAACCUCCAGCUGAGCGCAACAAUUUCAACCUUGCCGUUUCAACUUCCCAUCUCUUCGAAUCCGUUCUGGGUGCUUUGGCUUUCCCUGCAGUCAGCGCGAUCAUGGGCGAGCUGCUAAGGUUGGUCCUUCCUCGCAGCUGGACUACCAUGAAAACCAGCUGGAUGGGCACAAAGCAGCCGACAGGCCUGCUGCAGCAAAAGUGGGGGAGAAGUCUUGUAGGCGGUGCAGCGUUCGUGGUGCUAAAAGAUGCGGUGAUGCUGUAUGUUCGAUGGAGGAUGGCUAGAGACCACCGAAUGAGGAGGAUAUUGGAUUACAAAGGAAAAAAAACCGUAGGUAGGGGCAGCGCAAGGCCCUGACGGAUUUGACGAGAUGUUAUUACGCAUAUCUAACGGUAUGGGCUUGAUGAUUAUAUCACCUUCGUCGUGUUUGGAGAGAGCGGGGUCGUAACGCAUAGCAUAAUGUAUUCACCGUGUGUAAUACGGUGCCCAGCUCAAGCACGCAGUGUGUAGACAGAAAGCCACGGGACCUCGCCAAGAGGUAAAAGAAUUACGAUUUCAAGAUACUGUUCUCCGGAAUUAGAUCUUUGAUGAGAAA